GAGUGGCCUAUAAGAGAAUUAUAAAUACUGUGAAGCAAAGUAGGACCGUGAGCCGUGGAUUCACUGCUGAGCCUUUUUCAGUGACCAAAGGAAUAUAACAUUUCCAAAAUGCUUGACGAUUUUCUUGCAAAGAACAUUCUGCAGCUGACUUUGAGCGAGCCCCUGCUCCCCACACAGUCUCAAGUCAAAGUCUCAGAGGAAAGGAGCCGGAACGAGUCAGCCUCCUUCUUCUUACCCUCCUCCCAGAUCUCCUCUUCAAGCCUUAGCUUGAGCACUGAGCAUGGAAAUACCAGUGAGAGUGAGAGCUCUUUGUUAUCACCAAAUGUCUGGAGUCACGUUCCCAUCUCAAACCAAAAGGAGCUCUCCUUCCGUCCUGAUCGCUCCAUGAGCCUGACUGAGUCUAGCAGCGACCUGUUCUCGUUCUUUGAACAGCUCAGGACCAGUGAGCUGUUUCCUCGAGGCCCUUCCUCUACUGUGGCCCCCCCUCCGGGGUUCGCACCCUCAUCAAACCUUCAAGCUCAGGUUCAGCCAAUGCUGUCACCUAACCGUUACAAAACUGAGCUGUGCCGUGGCUUUCAGGAGACUGGCAGUUGCAAGUACGGCAGUAAGUGCCAGUUUGCCCAUGGAGAGGCAGAACUGCGUGGUCUGUACCGUCACCCCAAGUACAAGACAGAGCCCUGCAGAACCUUCUACAACUUUGGCUAUUGUCCCUAUGGCCCACGCUGCCACUUCAUUCAUGAAGAGAAAAUAGCUGGGGCGCCUUUAUCGUCCAGCAAAUUCCAGCGCAAACCAAUCCCAUCAUCAUCUGGUGGUCACAACCCUCGUCACCAGCUCAGGCAAAGUCUCAGCUUUGCUGGCUUCAUGGGCUCAUUACGCAGCGCAUCUCCACCAUCACUUUGCUCAACCUUUAAUGAUGUAAACCUGGCAUUUAGCCGCGCUCCUUCAGUUUCUCCUCCUCCUCCUCCUCCUCCUGCUCCCCUUUCUCCAGUAUUUGGACAGUCUGUGCACCGGGACGCAACAGCAUCCCACUUUGACACCCGUCACCUUGGCACCGGGAGUGGUGACAUCCACAGCAUUCCACUAACCUUGAAGCCAAAAGUGUCACGCUGCAACAGCAGUCAUAUGUUCACCAGCAUGGAGGACAGGCCUCAAGAUAGCACCACACUGUUUCCUAGUUUUGGCAACCACAGAGAACUUGUUAAACCUCCAGGAUUGCAACGUUUCUCUUCUGAGGACUCCCUGGAGGACAGCUACAGCAGCAGCUCCAGCGGAACAGACUCUCCUACGUUUGAUAAAUCUGCCAACAAGAGGCUGAUGGUUUUUGAGCGUCUAUCCCUGUCUGACUAAAUAGAUUUGGAAAAAGAGAAUAAGGAACAACUACAUGGGGUGUGGGCUACUAUCAAAAAGAAUUGUGUGCUAAAAUAAUAACACAGAGAUCUUAAACUUAAGAAAAAAACAUAUCUUUUACAAACUGCAUAUGCUGAAUCUUAAGUAUUUAAAUGCUAUCUAACUCUACUAUGAUACAUGAAAAUAUGUAGCCUUAGAUUUUGUAUAUGUACAUGACUUUUGUAUAUGAUCUUCCAUGAGACUUGUCUAUUUCUGGAUCAUAGUUAUCGAAAUCUGCAACAAUCAAAAAGCUUUUUGUGGUAGUAAUCAAUAAUGCUUAGCCUAAAUAUUUUUGUUGCCGCACAGCUUUUUUAUUCAAUGUGCCACAAUUAGGAUGUUUGACUCAGUAGCCUUAAUCAUCCAGACCGGACACGUGUCAUGGUUGUGCACUUUAAAGCUGAUUCAGAUGGUAGAGUUUCUCUCUACAGCAUUCAAACUUCAUCCCGUACUAUAGUCUGUAUAUGGGUGUUUGGCAGUAAGUCAGCAUGUGUUGAGAUGUGUUUUGAGAGAAAACGUUCCAAAAUGGAAACUGUACAAAUAGAAAAAAAAAAAGAAGUAUGUCAAAGAGUUUUUCCUGACAUACCUGAUGAGACUUAGUCCUGUAGCUAAAUGCUGUUGUUUUGACAGUUUGCAAAUUGCACACAUCCGUUUGUUAGCCUGGUUCAGGGAACACCACAGUAUUCCAUUUGGUUGUUGUUUGCCUUGUGUUGUUUAACUUAUGCUAUUAUAUUUAUUGUAAUAUUUAUUUUUGCUUAAAAAAAGAAAAAUAUAUUUUGUACUUUAUUUAUGUAAAAUUAUAGAUCAAGCUUUGUUAAAUAUCAAUGUGAGGAAAGCAGUAAAAAGAGAGCCUUAUAUUUUUAAUUGCCUGAAAUGAAUUUGAAUAGAUUUCUAAAUAAAAUUGAUUUUGCAUCUCU